AUCUACGGUUGGAUCAUGAUCAAUCUAUCCUGCCAUCUCUCCCCUCACCUUGGAAAUGUCGAAAAUAGCCACACGAUAGCAACUUGUACACAAUAAAUACAAAACGAAAAAAAUGGGUAUAAUAAGUAACUAACCAUAUUGGCCGUGCGUCCGUGGCUUUGCAUCUGCAACCCCGCCCGAUCAAUCUUCCUCGUUCCGCCGCUCCCUCGCCUCCGGCAGCGAGGUGAGGCCACCGAUCGGACCUUCCCUAGCGGCGGCGCCUACCAACCUCAAGGAGCGAUGGCUCUGUCUGCGACGCUACGGAUUUCUCUUAGCGUCGCGUUCUUUGGGGUUCUGGCGUUCGUGCUUGGUGUCAUCGCCGAAAACAAAAAGCCUGCUUCCGGGACUCCUAUCCUAGGAAAGGAUGUCGUCAUCUGCACGUUUCCAAGUGAUCCGACUCUUGCGAUGGGGAGCCUGUCCAUUGUGGCACUUGUGGUAGCUGCCAUCGUAGGCCAUGUUGCCAUCUUCUUUCCAUACUCGGGCAAGUCAGUUCCUCGUGGAGCGCUGUUUCAAAGCACCAGCUUGACAGUGUUCUUUGUUGUUGCUGAGCUUGUCUCAGCCCUGGCUCUUGCAAUGUCGCUGUGGGCAACUGUCACCGAGGGUCUUCACCGCAGCAAGAACAUCCACCACGACAUGGACUACCAGUGCCCUACUGCCAAGACCGGCCUGUUCGGCGGCGCCGCUUUCCUCGCCCUUGACGCUGCUCUCUUCUGGCUUGUUUGCCAGAUGCUGGCCCUCAAUGCAAGGGCUGACUACCUUGACGAGGAUGACGGCAAGGGAGAAUAUGGCCAGAUUUAUGCUGCUCAAGUCGAUGAUGGCUCGAAGGUCUGAGCCUAUGUGGUCAUGCUCGGCAGGGUUCUAUGAUUAGUGUCAUUUGGCUACAUUAUGCCAUCAACAAAGUCGCUUUAGCUCUCAGUAAAUUUGUAUAUAAGUUGCAAAGUCUUACAUAAGGCUGGUGGUUAUUGCACUUUCGUGUUUCAGUGUGAUCGAUAAACAGUAUCUCAGUACAAUCGGUUUGCUAUGCCCCUUGGCGAACUUGUCCUUGAGUUUUCUGGUGUCUGAAUGGCACUAUAAUAUAAUAUACUCCCUCUGUUCCAAAA